AAUGAAUUUAUAAUCGUGCUCGAGAUCAACAAUAAAAGAGUAGUAACGAUGGUCAUUGACGUGCUGGAGGCAGGUGAUUUUGCACUAGGUGUGGAAAUUCCGGGUGAUGUAUGGCUGGGCGAAAUGGAUGACGAUGAGGCGGAAUUGCUAGAGGAACCUGUUAUAGUAAUCACACCCCACAUUCCGGCUUCGCAAUAG